AGGACAGGUCCAGGAAAAGGAGGAUAUACUGUCACCCUGGUCAGAAGGACCUUUUGAAAUUCUUUGUAGAGACCAAGUCAAAAUGGAGGACAUGUCCAGGAAAAGGAGGAUCUUUGGACAUUCUUCCUGUGCAGAAGGUGGAAAUGGAGGACAGGCUUAGAAAAGGAGGAUGCCUGAUCACCCUGCUUGUGUACCAAAUGAUAGGAUCUACCAGGAUUGUUGCUAUGGUGGCACCCUUGAAGUUCUCCUGAAGUGAAGUUCUUCUCUUGUGAUGGUUGGCCUACCAUCAUGAGUUUGGGGGCAACCUAAAGUGCCCUAGACUACCGGGUAACCCUAGGUUGAGGCCUUUGCUUUGUCAUCCUCCCCUCCUUCUUGACCUGUGCCUCUCUGGCUGCCCUCUCUUUCCCUCCCCAGAUGCUGGCCACGCUCCUCAUCACCCGCCAGUUCCUACAGAACGUCAAGGAAGUCUCCCAGCCCCACCUGUACAGCAAGUUCAAGCGGGGGGACCUUAGCCUCCACAACCUCCGGGAGGUCGCCCAUACCCUUUUCCGGUUGUUGACCCAGAAGUAUGGAGUGCCCAAACCUCAUGGGCCGGAGCCCCGGACCUCGGCCAGGCAGGGGGAACCCCUAGCUGGGCAUGGGGCAGAGGCACCAGAGGCUCCAGAAGGGGCAGCCAAGGGGGAGAAGAAAUGCCUGAACGGCGGCUGCGGAGUCCCGGAGGAGGAGGAGGACGAUGAAAAGAAGGACUCAGACUCAGAAGACGAGAGCCUCCUGGAUUGUGGGCUGAAGCUAAAGAAGGUGAGCUUCAUUGAGAAGGCUGAACGCAAGGCUGGAGACCUUAGUUUGGAGGAAGUCAGCUUCCUGGAAGAAGGAAGCCCAACGAUGGUGGAGAAAGGGAUGGACCCAGCCUCCGUGUUCGAGUUGUGCGAGGAUGAUGAGGAUGAAGGGGACGGGGGACCUUCUGAGAGCCCCCUCAAGGGCCUCCUGGAAGCCAAGGAGAUGGCUGUUGUCAUGCGUCCCCAGCGUCCCCGAGGGUCCUGGAACCCCGUUGAGGGUGAGGAAGAGGAGGAGGAAGAAGAGGAGGAAAACCCCCGGCGGAAGGCCAACCGGACUUCCUGGAUCGACCCGCCGGAGGAGAACUACACCACCCAGCUGGCCCAGGCUGAGGUGGAGAGUUGCAUGAAGAAGUAUGAGGACACCUUCCAGGACUACCUGGAGAUGCUCACCCAGUUUGGCUACGUGGUCCUCUUCUCCUCCGCCUUCCCGCUGGCCGCCAUGUGUGCCCUGAUCAACAACAUCAUCGAGAUCCGGAGUGACGCCUUCAAGUUGUGCACGGGACUCCAGCGCCCCUUUGGGCAGCGGGUGGAGAGCAUCGGGGAGUGGCAGGGAACCAUCCCCUGGUGUCCUGGAAACCCUCUGCUCUCUCAACCACCUAGCCUUUAGGAUAAGCCCAAACAGUUAUGCCUGCCAGAAUUUUGUAAGUCCUUUCGCAUCGUUUUCCUUUGCUUCAUUAUUUAGAUCCUUUGUUGCAUG